GGAUGACUACUGGUAUCUAAUGGUAAUAUCAGUUUGCGAGUGAACAAUCUAUCACCUGGACACCCAUUUUAAUGAUGACAGAAUUCGCUAUCGUGAACGUGUUAUGAAGACACUAGCACACGUACUGGAGCAAGUCGUCACGUCGAACUUUUACAAGGAUGAUGGCAUUCAAGAGUAUAAUAAACAAUUUCAUGACUACAAAAUUGAAAGACCAGAAGAUAUACCUCAAUGUUCCUCAAGCUUGAACUCUGCAACUUGGGUGAUGAAGUGGAUGCAUAUGACUUAUGAAUUUAAGCCAUAUGGUAACAAAAAGCUUGAUGAUCACGAUAUUCGCAUGAUAACCGCGAUGCAUAUACUCCGGAGUCAAAUCAACCAUAAGAAGUCACAGAUUAUAGCAUCGGUCGAGGAGUUUUGGAAUAUGCACAGUUCUUAA